AUGCACAGGAAUGUACCAGAUGAAGCCGCCACAAUCAGCACAUUGAAACAAGAAGUCCAACGCUUACAAAACAUAAUUAAAAGUUAUCAAAACCCCAUGAAUGCAGACCCUAAAAAAGACGUUCCAUUUGGAAUCAUCAACAACCCGGAACCACCAUCGCGGCCACCACCACAACCGAAGCGAAACUUACAUUCCUUGCACAAGAUUGUAACGGACGUGGGCCUCACGCCCGAGAUGGUGACGCAAUCAUUCGAAAAGGACAAAUUUGAACCGUGGCCCCGCCACGAACUUGAUAUCUUAGUUGCUGCCGUCAACUACAUAUUCCACAAAACCAUGAAUUUCAGAUGGACCAUGAAGGGUCAAUAUCCGGAGUAUGAGUUGAAUGUGAGGAGUUGUUUCCGUUUGGUAACUGAUGAAGCAUGGGACGCAUUCAUUGUGAAAAUUCGUGGCGUGUUGGAGCGAAAGGGGAUCCAGUUGCCGUUAAAAAAACCGAGGUCAAUCUGA